AUGAAACGAAGUUUAAUUACUGCCACAAGAGCAUUUUCUAAACAAUCCAUACGAUGGAAUCAACAUCAUCAUACUAUCAUACUGGAAAAAUUCAAAUCUAGUAUGGGAGGAGUUAGCUCUCAAGCUAUGAUCUUAACAUCAGCUUUUGAAAAUUCAAAUUAUGAAUUACAUGGUAUGACAUUAUCAUCAGUUAGUUCAUUAGCUGUUUAUCCUAACCCUUUACUAGAGUUCAAUUUACACUUACCAUCAUAUACAUCUCGUGCCUUACAUAAUCUUAAAUAUCUUGCUAUUCAUUUAUUACCUCCUACAUCUAAAUCAGUUCAUCUUUGUCGAAUAUUUGCUAGUGGAGUUAAACGAGAUAAAACUGGAACUGAGUUAGCCUCUACUAAUGAAGAGAAUGAAGAUGGUGAAGUGUUUCAUGAAAUGACUACUCCAUUCUCAAAGAUUUCCAAACAUGAAGAUUAUACUUUUUAUAAAAUCAAUGAUGAAAUAUCCAUACCGAUAUUGAAUGAUAGUGAAACAAUAUUCAUUUGUAAAGUGAAUGCAAAUUUUGAAGUUAAUAAUCAUGAAAUAUGGGCAGUUAACGUCAUAGAUAUAAUAGGGAAGAAAUUACAGGAUAAUAAAAGUUCAGGAGGGAUAAUUUACUUUAAUCGUGGAUUUCAUAAAAUUGGUGAUACAUUAUCAGAAAUAGAGUAA